AUGUCCACGCCAGCCAGACUGGCCGCCUCGCCCCUCCGCCUCAUUCCGCGCAAACCCUCCUCUCCGCGACGAGGCUUCGCCGCAAGCGCUCCCUCCCCAGACGAACAGUUCCCCCAGCGAACCCCCCUCGGAGACUACUACAUCAACAUACUGCGAGACCCGGUGCCCUACCAGUCCCACAAGCCCGCACGGGGCCCCAGCACCGCCAGGUCGAGCCGACGGCAGGAACACACGAGGGUGGGAAACCCCGAGGCCGAGCCGAGGCCGCCCUCGCCGCGGGAGAGGGCGCGCAUAGUCUUUGGGUCGCGAUUGCUGGGCCCGGCAGAGCAGGCGGAUAGUUUGUCCGUCAAGCAGGCGAGGUCCAAGACCGUUGCCGGGGUUUUGGUGCCCCCGCGGCCGGAGGAGCCGGAUAACUGCUGCAUGAGCGGGUGCGUCAACUGCGUGUGGGACCGGUACCGGGAGGACAUGGAGGAGUGGACGGCGAGGAAGAAGGAAGCGCGGCUGCGGCUAGACGCUGGAUCGGCGGCCGCCGACGCCGACGAUGCAGGUCCCGGGACCCCCAGUGGCAAGACGACGGCCAACGAAGUGUGGGAUGACGAGGCGGUGUACAAGGGCGUGCCGGUCGGCAUACGGGAGUUUAUGAAGCAGGAAAAACGGUUAAAAGAGAAACAUGCAAGAGAGGGAACGAUUGGCGGCUGA